GUUGCUUCGCUCGAUCGCGUCCUCACAGCGAAGAGAGGCCUGAUUGAUGAAUGCACUUCCCAAUAUUCUCCAUAGUAUCAACGAUGCGAACUGGUUUAUGGGUACUUGUUGUCAUGGUGGCCACAGUGGCAGCCGAUGUCAAAACCCUCACGGCGGCCACCUUUGAAACCACCACACAAGCCACGACUGGGUCCAACGGCGACUGGUUUGUAGCGUUCUACGCACCGUCGUGUCCGUACUUCAGAGAAUUGGCCCCCCAGUUCGAGCAAUUGUCCAAGCAAGUGAAGGGCAAAGUGAACUUGGGAUGGGUCGACGGCACAUUGCACUCGUCGUUGAAGGACCGAUUCCGCGUCACCCGAUCGCCUACGAUGCUAUUGUUUCACCAUGGCCGCAUGUACAGCUACAAGAACGCACGCACGGUCGAGGACAUGGAGGCAUUCAUCACAACUGGCUUUGAGAUGCGUGACAGAGAGAUGCCCCAGUUCAAAUUCUACGAAUCCGUCCCCCCUGCCAACAACACAUCGUUCGUUCCGGAGGCACCGAUUGUGGCGAAGAGUGCGACAAUCGUCAGCAUAUCAUCCAUUGCGACUUCGUCUAAAGAAGAACUGUAAUAUCGUGUUUUCCUUUUACUCAUGCAAUCGUAAACUACAGUGAACCACGUAGGAACUGGUGCAGUAUUGCACUCAUGUAUCCUAUGUAUUUGAUGUAACCAUUGGGUGUCCAAUUGAUGGCGCAAGAU